UAAUAGUGAGAUAUGUGUGUUUCCAUUACACUUUGAAGAAUUCGGUUACCUAACAAGUUGACAUAAGAGGUAGCGAAAACGGGACUUCAAGUGAAUAUAGAAAAGACAGAGGUGAUGAAGAUAUCCAACCAACAACAACAAGCACCAAUAACCAUGAACGGGAGAAACCUAAAGGAAGUUGUCUCUUUCAUCUACCAUCUAGGCAGCAUCAUUUCAACUACAAGCGGCACAGAUGAGGACGUCAAAGCUAGGAUCGGAAAAGCAAAACAGGACAUCACUAAUCUGAAAUCAGUGUGGAGAUUUACUGCAGUCAGCAUGAAGUGUGAACAAGAUCCGAAUUUUCAACACCAAUUCAGUCAAGACAGUGCUUCUAUAUGGUUUAGAAACUUGGUGCAUCACGAAAAGAAUUCCCAACAAACUACACAGAUACCUCAUCAAUAGCUUCCACCUACGCUCACCCAUACUGAAGAUCAGAUCAGAUGGGCAGAAAGAAUAAGCAAUAAGGAAGUCUGGUUGGCUGACAACAAAUCAACCUAUCGCCUAACAAAUAUACACAAGAAGAAAGUGGAGAUGGAUUGGAUUGAAUA